GGGUUCAGCGGCCCGCCAGGUUACAUGGACCCCAGAGGGCCGAGGAGUACAGGAUGGACCAGAGGAGGAUGCUUCGCUGGGGACUCUUGCUGGCGCUCUGGGGCUCUUGGACGUUGGCUCGUCCCACAGACACAAGUGGCUUCAGAAGGAUUUUGCUCAAGAAAAUGCCCUCAGUGCGGGACAGCUUGAAGGAGCGGGGCGUGGACCUGGCCAGGCUUGGUGUUGAAUGGGGCCAGGCCACCAAGAAGCUGUCCUUUGGCAACAGCACCUCCCCUGUGGUCCUCACCAACUACCUGGAUACCCAGUAUUAUGGUGAGAUCGACAUUGGCACGCCACCGCAGACCUUCAAAGUCAUCUUCGACACGGGCUCAGCCAACCUCUGGGUGCCUUCCACCAAGUGCAGCCCUCUCUACACUGCUUGCGAGAUUCACAGCCUCUACGACUCCUCGGAAUCCUCCAGCUACAUGGAGAACGGGACAGAAUUCACCAUCCACUAUGGAUCGGGGAAGGUCAAAGGUUUCCUCAGCCAGGACAUGGUGACUGUGGGUGGCAUCACUGUAGCGCAGACAUUUGGAGAGGUCACGGAGCUGCCCCUCAUACCCUUCAUGCUGGCCAAGUUUGACGGGGUUCUGGGCAUGGGCUUCCCUGCUCAGGCUGUCGGGGGGGCCGUCCCCGUCUUUGACCACAUCCUCUCACAGAGGGUGCUGAAGGAGGAGGUCUUCUCUGUCUACUACAGCAGGGAUUCUUACCUGCUUGGGGGAGAGCUGGUGCUGGGAGGCAGCGACCCCCAGCAUUACCAAGGGAGUUUCCACUAUGUGAGCAUCAGCAAGACGGGUUCCUGGCAGAUCACCAUGAAGGGGGUGUCCGUGGGCUCUGAUACAUUGCUGUGUGAGGAGGGCUGUGUGGCCGUGGUGGACACCGGCGCAUCCUACAUCUCGGGCCCCACCAGCUCCCUGAGGCUGAUCAUGCAAGUCCUGGAGGCCAAGGAGCAGAGCACAGAUGAAUAUGUUGUGAACUGUAACCAAGUGUCCACACUCCCUGACAUCUCCUUCCACCUGGGAGGCCGGGCCUACACGCUCUCCAGUAUGGACUAUGUGCUACAGGACCCCUAUAGGAAUGAUGACCUGUGCACAUUGGCCCUUCAUGGCCUGGACAUCCCACCACCCACUGGGCCUGUUUGGGUCCUGGGUGCCAGCUUCAUCCGCAAGUUCUACACAGAGUUUGAUCGGCAUAACAAUCGCAUUGGCUUUGCCUUGGCCCGUUGAGGCCCUCUGCAACCUGGCAAGCCUGGCUUCAGGAGCCAGAGCGGGAGCACUCCCGUGAGCCCCCUCUGUCUGGACGUGCCCCGAGGAUCCUGGACUUGGAACCCCUGUUGAGCAUUUUCCCUGUAGCCUGCACCGACCCUUCUCUGCUUUGAGGAAAAAAAAAAAAAAAAAAACAGAAUAAAGACUUCGUGUUUGCA